UCUCUAUCUUUGGAGACUAUUGGAAGAAGACAGAACUAGGCAAUGUCAGAGAGUGCGUAGACUGAUGCAGAGGGUCAGGAGAGAACGAUUUCGGCGAAGACAAAGACUCGUGUCUCUGAUGGUUUUUCAGACGAUCAGAAGACGAUCUCCGACUGUCUGGUGCACAAGAAACGAAUUCGCGCGAUACAACAAAGUCCCGGAUAAUUCUUCUAAUAGCCCAGAAUAAAUGGACAAGUGGAGACGCUGUCUACUAAACAUGUUUAGAGUCUAAACGUGUUUAACGUUAAACAUGUUUAAGAGCAACAAGUGGAGACACAGCCUUGGAUGCAUUGUUGCUCCUACAAUCACUAAGUUUGUUAUUCCUAAUGCCAAUGAGUCGGGCUCUGUGACUAUUGAGUGUGCAUCUCUUGACGCUAAGCCUGUUCCUACCUACAUGCUUAUUAAACAGAAGGAAACAGGAAAGACAUUAAAGAGAGUGACUGGUAAAAGACUGAUUAGCUACACUAUCAGCAACGUCGCCAAAACUGAUGCUGGACUAUAUGAGUGUGUCGGUAGUAACAAAGCAGGAGUUGGAAGCAAGACCGAGCAGUUUACAGUACAAUAUACUCCAGUCACUACCAUCCGUCAAAACAAAAAAUGCCACGGUAAUGCUGGAAGUAGGAGUUCCACCUGAUGCAUCUACCGAUCUUAUUGCUAAGAAGAAAACAAAUGUUUCCAUUAAUUUGUCAUGGACACCAGGAUUUAACAACUUUAGUCCAAUUCAUGGAUACAAAGUGACCUAUAGAGUGAGUGGAUCCAAUCAUUGGAAGACCGCCAGAAACUUUAGUGGUGGAACCGCAGAAGAACAACUGGUCUGUGGGUUAGAGCCGUUGACUAGCUAUGAGUUUAGAGUGAGAGCAAGGAAUUAUAUUGGAAAAGGAAAACACAGUGAGAUUGGAACUUUGACUACACAUCCUAACAUUGCUCCUACAAUCACUAAGUUUGUUUUUUCUAAUGCCAACGAGUUGGGCUCUGUGACAAUUGAGUGUGCAUCUCUUGACGCUAAGCCUGUUCCUACCUACAUGCUUAUUAAACAGAAGGAAACAGGAAAGACAUUAAAGAGAGUGACUGGUAAAAGUCUGCUUAGCUACACCAUCAGCAACGUCACCAAAACUGAUACUGGACUAUAUGAGUGUGUCGGUAGUAACAAAGCAGGAGUUGGAAGCAAGACUGAGCAGUUUACAGUACAAUAUACUCCAGUCACCACCAUCCUUCAAAACAAGGUGAACACUAUUGAUCAAACAGACAACUCUCUUCCAUUGUAAGUCGGAAGGAGUUCCUGAUCCACGAAUGCGUUGUCUGAAGAAUGGAAGAGAGGUAAAGUCUGAUGACGUCAACGACAGCAUAUUGACAAUCACAAAUGCUAAGAAGAGUGACACAGGCACGUACACUUGUGAAGGAAUGAAUAUCGUGGGAGUUCAUUAUGCUACGGUAAUGCUGGAGGAAGCUCUGUGAUGGAGAUCACUUGGCAGUUCAAUCCCAGAAAGGAGGCAUUUGGCACCACGGAAUUUACAGCGAUGGCAAAGUCUAUCAUUUCACAGGAAACGACAAAAGUCAGGCUACGAUAUCUCUAGAUUAUUUCAUGGAUUUCGUUGCAGGGCGUUUUGCCACUUUCAUUUUCUGCUACCCACAAGGUAGAUGUCUCCCACUGAAUGAUGUGGUUGCCAAAGCGAGGCAGAUAUUUACGACAAAGACAUGGCCAGAAUACUCACUUCUGUGGAAUAACUGCGAGCACUUUGCUACGUACUGCAAGACUGGAAAGGGAUAUUCUGCUCAAGUGUGGGACGAGGUUCAGCGUAGUCUUGCAACAGCUGAGCAUGGUGCUAGAGUGCUUGGACCACUGGGAGCAUCAGUCGGUUUACUGAUAGCAACAGUCAGUCUGGGUCAUAAGCUUGGGAAUCUCAAUCCAGAUGGAAAGGCAAAAAUGAAACAAAUGUUAGGUCAAUGUGUACUUGUAUUUGUAGUCGAUCUACUUUUGCCUUAGUCAUGAUGAGUGUUGCAAUGUGCUGAUCGUUAAAUUGUAGACUGCUGGGUUUGUAAAAGAUAGGUUUUGUUUUGGAAGGAACAAUAAUAAUUUGUCUAAAUGUUUGAAGUGCA